CGGGGGUGCUGCUAACCACGCCCACCAAACCCCCACUCCCGCGCCAUCCCAGCGAUCUCACUCACCACCAACCAAGCAGCACAAACUUGGCGCCGACCCGCGAGUCCGCGACACGCCGAGGAGUAGCGAGCAGGAGCGCACGCACGCCGUGUCUGUCCCGGAGCAGCCAGCGGCCAUGUCGACGACGACGACGAUGAAGGCGAGCGACCCGGGGUCCGCGUGGUUCGGCAGCGGCGCCCGGACCCCUCCGGCGGGGAUGGGGGCCCACAACGUGCGGCUCAUCACCACGGCCGUCGCGGCUUUCGUGUCCGUGCUCGGCCUCGCCCUCUUCCUGCACCUCUACGUCUGCCACAUCCGCCGCCGGAACCGGCGCCGCGCGGCGGCCGUGCUGCCGACGACGGCGCCGGCCGCGGCCCCGAAGGGCGGGCUGGACCCCGCGGCCAUCGCGGCGCUGCCGACCGCGGUGUACGGGAAGGCGGGCGAGCCGGGCGCCUGCACCGAGUGCGCCAUCUGCCUCGGCGCCGUGCAGGAAGGGGAGGUCGUGAGGGCGCUGCCCGCCUGCGCCCACGUGUUCCACGUCCCCUGCGUCGACACGUGGCUCGCGUCGAGCUCCUCGUGCCCGGUCUGCCGCGCCGAGGUGGAGCCGCCGCAGGAGGAGGAGGGCGCGGCUCGGCUGGUGCAGGAGAAGCUGCAGGACGCCGUGAAGGAGGAGGCGGGCAGCUGCAGCUCGACCCCGGAGCGGGGGAUCAGCGCCUGCGCGUCGCUGAUGAAGAUGCUGAGCAGGGAGAGGCCGGCGCCGCGGAGGCCGCAGAGCGCCGUCCAUGCCGAAGCCGGGGAGCUAGACGAUUUGGAACGUCAGCUGCAGGCUGUGAAUAAUUAAUCUAUUUUAUUUUUUCAAGAAAAAUACCUUUUUAAUCUGGUAAUUUUCCUCAUCAUUUGUACAUCCCGCACUUGCGUGAGUGGAGAAGUACUAAGAGAAGUGUGUGGGCUCCUUAUUUUUUUUUAAUGAAUGUAAGGGCUCAUUUGGAAAGAAGUGUCAUGCUUCCAAAUCUCUGCAGUUUUAUUCCAAUGUGAACAAGAUCUUUAAUUCUCCA